AUGUUUACUGGUAUUGUUGAGGCUAUUGGUACAGUGAAAGAAUAUAAACCAUAUGACGAUAGUGAAAGUGGUGGACAAGGUGUUUCAAUCACAAUAACUGAUGCAAGUAAAAUUUUGAAUGAUUGUCAUAUUGGUGAUUCUAUUGCCAUCAAUGGUAUCUGUCUCACCGUUACUGAAUUUUCAGAGGAUGUCUUCAAGGUUGGAAUUUCUCCAGAAACUAUUAAGAGAACAAAUGUUUCAUCAUGGAUAAAUAACUCAAAAGUUAAUUUAGAAAGAGCAGUAUCUCAGGAUGUCAGAUUUGGUGGUCACUAUGUCCAAGGUCACGUGGAUACUGUGGCAACUAUUGUUUCGAAAGAAAAUGAAGGUAAUUCCAUCAUAUUUGGAUUCAAAUUAAGAGAUUCUCAAUACAAUAAGUACAUCGUUGAAAAAGGUUUCAUUUGCAUCGAUGGUACUUCAUUGACCAUAACGAAUGUUGAUAAAGAUGAUAUUUUCUAUAUAAGCAUGAUAAAACAUACUCAACAAAAUGUUAUAAUGCCAUUGAAAGCAAUUGGUGGUGAAGUUAAUAUAGAAGUUGACUUAACAGGUAAGAUAAUCGAAAAGCAAAUAUUAUUAACGUUAGAAAACCAAAUCGAAAACGAAAACAGUGCUUUGAAUAAAGUCAUUUCUAAAAUCGUCGACGAAAGAAUUAAAAAAUAUAUGGACAAGAAAUGA